CAGGUUGAACGAACUCAUUAUGUCAUCAUUUAAAAAUGCUGCCCAAGCCCAAAGAAGAACUCACCGUGAACGGAGUCAGCCUGCCCAUCGUAAGAAAUUUGGUCUGUUGGAGAAACAUAAGGAUUACAUUGUGAGAGCGAAAGAUUUCAAUAAGAAGAAGAAGAUAGUUAAGCAGCUACGUACAAUUGCUGAUGACAAGAACCCUGAUGAGUAUUACAGAGGGAUGAUAAAGUCAGGGACAGUGGAUGGAAAACACAAGACUGAGAAAGACAACUCCUUGUCAGCUGAAGCUUUGAAGUUGUUCAAAACCCAGGACGCCAACUAUCUCCAAGUAAAACUCCAAGCAGAAAAACAGAAAAUUUUAAAACUUCAGAACGUGUUACAUGACACAAGACACGAGAAAGUGAAUAGUCACACUAUCUUUGUAGACUCAGACUCUGAACUUGAAUCAUUUAAUCCAGAAGAAUUCGAGGCUCCAGUAAAAAGAGAGCAGCAACCCUCAGAGGUUCACAAAGCAUUGUGUAAGAUGAAAAAGCAGCAGUAUUCCUUGCUACGCUUGAGAGUGGAGCGUGCUGAGUCCCUAGGCCAAGCUGCUGCCAAACUUAAGCUGCAAAGAACAAUAGCAGCCUCAAAAGGAAGUGUAAAGAAAACAGUUGACGAAGAAACUGGCACUGUCACCUACAAAUGGAGGAAACAAAGAGCUAGGUAAAAUUUACUAUUUAUUUUAGACAAUCAGUACCUCAGGGCAGGGCUAACCUCUAUUUUAGGUUUAAUUUAUUUUAAAUUAUUAUCAGAAAAGGCUAGAGGCUUAUGAUUUUCGAUUAGCUUACCUUUUUUAAUUUAUAAACAGGGCUGAAGUGUCUUUUAUUGCUUUCAGUAUAUUUGACUUACUUAUUGCAUAUUAUAUGAUAACGAUUUUAUAAAAGUUGAACUGAGCUGAAUUGAAUGUUCUUCCUUUUUUCUGUGGACACAUUUUUUAUAUUUUAAGCAAUAGUUGCAGCAUCUUACGCUUACCAAGUAACUACUUGACAGUUUUUUUAUUAUGUACAUGAACUGUCAGAUGGGUGCACCUCGUAGGGAAUAUUUAAAAUAUUUAAUCAAUUAAAAGACCUGCAAUUGCAAUUGAAAUCUUGAACGAGAGUGCUUAGCUGGAUUGAAAGAUAAUUUAAAAAUCAAAUUCUUAGCUUUUCGCUGUUUUACAUUGUUUCAUGUA